GACACCGGACUAAGUGGGUGGAUCAUCAAGGGUGAAACCGUAACUCUUCCGGUACUUGAUCAAAUGUCCCCUGUGCUUUCAGGCCCACCAGCAGCAGUCCAGGGAAGAGCAGCUGUGGAUCCAACGAAAGGAAUUAACAUGCCGUCGAAGAUGCUCACAGGACGAAGCCACCAGCUACUGCUGCUAGACCUGCAGAACCGGAUGACCCCACUGUGACUGCUGCGAAAGCCACAGCGAAGGCCCUGUUGCCGGUCCCUGCCCAGCUGCUCGCCAUUGCCCCAGAGCUCGGGAUAAGAGAGCAGGAGCCCGAUGUGUUGAAACAAACACACAGAAAGGCAGUCUCCCGCAGUCCUUUGGAGUCUGGAAUAAGAGCAGGUCCAUCUCUUCCUAAAAAUACAUCAUCCCUACUGAGUAUUGCCCCUGUGGAAGCGCAGGGAGACACUGUCCAUGAUGAAGCUCCACCAUGUCCUGCGCCUCCUGUCAGGCAGCCAGCAGCCCCAGGCUACAAUCAGGAUGUUGCACAGUGGAACUGCUCCCAUCAGCAGCAGAUCUGGAUGAAGACUGAGCUUGAGACAUUGGGUCUGUGGCCAGGGUCACGUCCAGUACGUCACCCAAUGAACAUGAUUACCCUGUGGCGCUAUCCACCUCAGCCUGAGCUCAUAGACAAUAUUGCUGCACUGCCUUCGCCCAAAUAUUUUCAGCUCCACCCAUUCUUCAUUUGGAAGCCGGAGCAUGCGAUCAUGGAGAGGGUGAGGAACAAUUUUGUCCUGCCCUGCCUUCAUGGUUGUCCCAACCCUCAGGUAGCUUCUUCUGGUGUUGGACGGCCCAGAGUGAUCAUCGGCACCAGUGGUCAGUACUAUCUUUUUGCUUCACGGCUCACCUGUAAAGCCUGUAAGAGGUACUGGCAUGCUGACAAACCCCAAUGGCUGGAGAUGUUGCCAAAACGCUUCAAUAACAUUGUGCCAGCCUUCCUGAUGCACAAAAAAGCCAUCUGCAAAUCGGUGAUGGAUGAGCUGAGACGCAGUGGCAGAUCACCGGAGGACAUGACCAAGCAGCUGACAGAGGCGGUCCAUCUUAAGUAUGAGCGAGCUCAUCUGGCCUACCUGCUGAGUGUGCAGAACAUCAGGGAUGCUGAGGAAGGAGCCUACGGCCAGAAGACCAUCACUGGGCACCUCAGACAGGCAGACACUCCAGCUUCAUUCGGGGGAUAUUCAGAUGCUGAUAGCUGGCGGGGAGUGUCUCUUUCUUCGCACUACCUGGUCAACUGCCAGGUCCAGGAGUAUCAGAGGCAGGAGCAGCUCCUCACACUACUGCUGCAGGGGACCUUUGGACGGGCACUGAGGUCGGAUCACACUCGGAAAGUGGCGAGGAAGGUCGUGCUGUCGUCUGGCACCAUGUCUUCCUACGCCAUCAUGAAUGAGAACUGGAUGAUCCUGAGCUGGGUGAUGCUGCAGUCAGAGUGUGAUCGGUCCCUUCAUCUGGUGUAUCAGGGACUGGCUCAACGCUACACUGCAGCUGGAGUGGAGAAGGCAUGCUGCCACUGGGUGGACAGGGACUGCUGUGCUGCCUUCAAGGUCCUGGACAGCAGAGCUCAGGAGCACCUGUCAUGGGACUGCUGGAAGACCACAGAGGCUAUAGUCACAGAGGCCACCUCUGGAAACCUCGCCAACACAAGUGCUGCAAGGAACAAGUUUAAUGUAGACAUUAGCAUCAAGUUAGACUUGUUUCAUUGUAUGCGCCGGCUUACCAGAGAGUGUGUGUCAGAGCAUCAUCCUCUGUACAGCUCCUUCUGCCAGUUCCUCUCUGCAGCCUUUCUCGUUGUGGACCAGGGGGAUCUCGAGAGGCUGAAGGACGCUUACACCUUCUGUGGAAUCUCUCCUGCCAAUCCAACCAAGCAGCACAUUAGAGAUCACUGCAGGACACAGGUGCCACAGCCCAGAGAACUGCUGCAGAGAGUGGAAGACGUCCUCCAUCACUUCCACCUGGCAAAGGACGUGAAUGAUGUGCUCCUCUAUAAGGCCUCCAUGUUCAAGGUGUGGAGGAUUCAGCGGAUACACAUCUUAAGAGGCUGCUUGAGCGACCCUGAGGUGGAGGAGGGGAUCCUCUACAGAUACGGUGGCACCUUGCAGCUUAAUUACACCAAGGGCGAAGGAGCGGCUGUACCUGUUUGGAUCCCUGUUAGAGGCACGUCUCAGCAGGAGGGCUUCCACUGUCACCAGGCCCAGUGGGUGACUGGCAACCGGGUGUCCACUGAGCUCUUCCAGGCCCAGGCCAUGACUGGAGUGGUGCGCUGGAACUUUCAGAGGCUUGUGGACCUGAAGCAGCCUGGUGUGGAGCUGCCAGCUGUGUUUGACCCCCUGCUCAUUUGGGAACUGAACGCAGCCUGUCAAAGGGUGACAGGGGUGCGAAAAUACCCAGCUCUGCACAUCUCAAACAGGGACACAGGGGAGAGAUUCGGGCUGCAGUACGUGGAGCCAGGCUGUCGUCCUGUGGUUUUAAACUGGGACAAACACAGGACACAGCACAACGCCUCUGCUGCUGUAACCAUGGCAACACAGCUGCACUCCUCUGCCCUGGAUGAGGUGCAUGACAUUGUGGCGGGCACAGACUCUGAGGUAAUCCAGAAUAAUCACACACUGUCAAUUUCCAACCCACUGACAGAAUGA